AUGGUCGUCGUGCUAGCAAUGAAGGCGAUUGUUUCAGUUGAACUUGCAGUGAUUGUGCAUGCCCUCAUGCUAUUGGAUGAUCCUUUACUUUCUCUUCCUUCAACUUCCGAAAACCCUAUUUUCCGCCUUCGAGGGUCCCUCCGCCGUCACCCAAACAAUCGACCGCCGCACUCGCCUCUCACCUCCGAACCUCCACCGUUUCCGCCACCACAACUCGUCCUAGCCGACAAGCUUUUCCUCCUCAAACAACCCGAUGUUCAAGACAUUGACAAAGUUGGAUUCAAGGAGGAUGUCUUCACAUUCGUCAAGGAUCAUGAUAUGGUCCCUUUAUACGAAACCCUAGUCGCCGAUUCUGUUUUGGAUAUGGAUCGUACCCUUUUGGACUCUAUGCGUGCUAAAAUUGACGAUGAGCUUAAGAAGCUUGACGAAAAGAUUGCUGAUGCCGAGGAAAACUUAGGUGAGAGUGAAGUCCGCGAGGCUCACUUGGCAAAAUCCUUGUUUUUCAUCCGGAUUGGGGACAAGGAGAAAGCCCUGGAACAUCUCAAGAUAACAGAAACCAAGACUGUUGCAGUGGGGCAGAAGAUGGACUUGGUGUUUUAUACGCUGCAGCUUGGUUUCUUUGACAUGGAUUUUGAUCUAAUUUCCAAAAGUAUUGACAAAGCUAAAAGCUUGUUUGAAGAAGGUGGUGACUGGGAAAGGAAGAACCGGCUGAAAGUGUAUGAAGGCCUCUACUGCAUGUCCACUAGAAAUUUUGAGAAGGCUGCAACAUUGUUUUUGGAUUCUAUCUCACCGGGUUUGUGGUACUCAAUUAGAGAGGAAGGGAGGCAGUUCCCACUAAGAUAUGAUUUCUGCAACAUUCUGUUUGGAUUAUAUUGGGGAUAUUUUAAGUGA